AUGCCUUCAAGCACGAUGAAACGCGCUGUCCGCGUCGGCGGAGCCUCUGGAGGCUUCACUGAUCGCCAACGUUCCAUUCAUGACCUGGCCAAGAACUGCGAGGUCGACGUUAUCAUCGGCGACUGGAUGUCAGAAUGCACAAUGACCAUCCAUGGAGCCCAGAGGACAGCCGAAAGAGAACGAUUGGCCAAAGACCCUCGAGCCACCCCUGGACCAGGUUUUUUUGAUCCAUGUUUCAUGGGAUCUCUGGCUCCAGCCUUACCGAUCCUUGAGCAGAACAAGGUCAAGCUCGCCGUCAACGCUGGAGCCAGUGAUCCGGACCUUCUGGCCAAGGAGGUCGUGAAGAAAGUGGGAGAGCUUGGACUUAAUCUUAAGGUCGCAUGGAUCGAGGGAGAUGAGGUUACUCCUCAAUUCAAGGAGCUUAGGAAGGCUGGUGAGAAGUUUACGAAUCUGGAUACUGGGAAUAGUAUCGACGAGUGGGAUUACGAGCCCAUCUGCGCCCAGGCAUAUCUUGGAGCCUGGGGGAUUGUAGCAGCGUUCAAAGCCGGCGCGGACAUUGUCAUCUGCGGCCGCGUUGCCGAUGCAUCCCCUGUAGUCGGAGCAGCGGCAUGGUGGCACGAAUGGUCCACCACUGACUUCGACCAACUAGCCAGCGCGCUCAUGACCGGCCACCUUAUCGAAUGCUCUUCAUACGUCUGCGGAGGCUAUUACUCAGGCUUCAAGGAUCUGUUCGACGGAUGCGAGAAUCUUGGCUUCCCCAUUGCUGCUAUUGAGGCCAACGGAGAUGCUGUGUUCACGAAGGAGCAGGGAACAGGUGGUGAGAUGUCGGUGGGGACGCUGACUUCGCAGCUUGUUUAUGAGAUCCAGGGGCCGCUGUAUUACAAUUCGGAUGUUACAGCUGGCCUUGAAGGGAUCAACUUUGAGCAGCUUGGGAAAGACGAGAUUAAAAUGACAGGAGUCAAAGGCCUCCCACCCCCUCCAACGACGAAGGUCGGCAUCACCGCGCAAGGUUGCUACCAGGCCGAAUUUCAUUACCUCUUUGCCGGGCUGGAUUACAAGGAGAAGGCCGCCUGGACCGAAAAGCAAAUCCGCCACUCCAUGCGCAACCAUAUCCACAAAUUCUCCAAGCUGUCUUUUCAACUCAUAGGCACCCCGGCUGAAGACCCCGAAGACCAGAACUCCGCUACCUGUGACUUCCGGGUCUUCGUGCAGUCCAAGGACCCAAGCACCAUGGGCGUGGGCACCAUGGCCUCCUUGGGCGCCUCUUUCACCCGCUGGUGCCUCGAGAACUUCCUCCAGAGCUGUCCCGGCGCUACAGUCACUCCCGACAUGCGUCAGUCAUCCGCCAAAAGCGUCUACGAAUAUUGGCCUGCUCUUCUUCCCCAAUCAGUGAUCCAGCACCGCGCCUUCUUGGAAUGGGAGAACAACCGUGCGAUCGAGGUCCCUGCGCCAAAGACUACGCAGACGUACCCGCGGAAACAAAACUCGUACGAGACCUCCCUCCCUGUCGACCUCUCUUCCUUCGGCUCAACAACCCGCGGCCCCCUCGGCUGGGUCGUGCUCGGACGCUCAGGCGACAAAGCCUCCGAUGCCAACAUCGGCUUAUUCGUACGACACGACGACGAGUACGAGUGGCUCCGCAGCCUUCUCACAACAGACAAAUUCAUUCAGCUGCUAGCGAAAGAGUAUCUCGGUCAUGGAUGUCAAAGGUUCGAGAUACCGAAUCUGCGCGUGGUGCAUUUCUUGCUGAAGGACCAUUUGGACGGGGGCUUCAAUAGUUGCUCGACGCUUGAUGGGUUGGGGAAGAAUUUGUGCGAAUUUGUUCGGAGCAAGUGGGUGGACAUUCCCAGCAGGUUCUUGGAGAGGGGGAGAGUGUGA